AUGUCGGACUCGGUGACAUCAAGGUUCAGAUCCUUUGUAUCGGAUUUUAAUAAAAUUCAUGAAUUGGGAAGAAAAGAUAGUGGGAAAUUUCAACUGAAGUUAUCUUCACUACUUGUAAAUCUUCAACAAAUCCAAUCUUUUGUACAAAGAUUAGAUUUAUUCAGUGAAAAUGAACCUCUUGAUGAGGUAAAUGCAUUCUACAUCCAAUAUUUGGCUCUUGAUUACUAUCUUGCCAAUUUAUAUUCGAUAUAUCUUCUCAAGUCUUCUAGUGAAGUGGCUACCUCUGACUUGAUAAAUCCAACAAAGUAUAAAUCUUCCAAUUUGAAAUUAGCUAAACAAAGUGCCCUUCAAUUUUUGGUACUGUUACAAGGAUAUAAAAACAUUCUUACUAAAGCUCAAUCAUCCAAACUCGACUCGUUCAAAGAAAUUUUUAAUCCAACUUACGAUGAAUUGGUUCUGUCAUAUUCAUCUCCUCAAGAUAAAAGAGCUGAAAAAAUUGAAAAUUAUAAACUUGAAAAGCAACUCACCUCCAAAUUGAAUAUCCUUAAUGAAUAUUAUAACGAUGACGAUCAAGUAUUUGAAAAAUUUGAUGAGGAAACCAUUCGUGCCAUAUAUAUUGAUCAAUUAAGACUUUUUUCCAUCUCAGCUUUCAGUCUUUUAGAACUGAUUGCAAUGGAACUUGAAGUGCUAUCUAAACAAGCAGAGUUUGAGAAAAUGAGAGAAGAUAGAGAAUCAAAUUCUUCUCCAACAGACUUAAAGCCUGAAAAAUACGGGCCUGAUAAUGAUUAUGGAUAUACUACCAAAAUAGAACAAAGUCAUAGAUCACUCCAAGGUUCACAGAAAAUUCCACUGUUGAUAUCAAAGCAAGGGAAAAUCUUACAACCAUUCACCAUCACUUCUGGGAGACAGGAUAUUCAAAAGAAAGUAUUUGGUACAGGGCAAGUUCUUCCCUCAAUGUCAGUGGAGGAGUACCUUGACUAUGAGCUUGCCAAUGGGAAAAUGGCCAAGGAAGAAGUCAAGGACCCACUGAAAGAUGAAGACGCAACUGAUGACAGUGAUGAAGAGUUGGAAAAGAGACAAUGGGAUGAUUGGAAGGAUGAUAAUCCAAAGGGAAGUGGAAAUACUGGUGGAAAUAUUGGUUAA